AUGCAGACGGACCCACACACCAUGUCCGCUGCGGAGGAUCGGCUCGUUAAAGCGUCUCAGAAUGAGGACGAGGACAAACUGCAAUUGAUUAGAGGUGCCGUCUUCCUGGCCGUCGUGUCGUCGCUGGGCCUGAUCGCGGGGUUUGGCUCCACUUUGGCUCUGGCCAAGAAGAACAACCCGGACUGCUUCAGCAAGGGCGCAACGGCGACAGCGGCGCUUCCCGAGAGCGGCGCGGCGCUGGCCCUGCGGGCUCUGGGACGAGGCUCGGCGUACGCCUGCUGCGGCGUGGGCCUUCUGAGCUUCGGCGUCUGCAAGCUGCUCGGAGUCGGCAGCCUGUCUGACCUGAGGCGGAAGAUGGCCUCGUUGUUCCCGGCCAUCCCAAAGUCGAAUGCGGCGGGAUCGGACUCGACCGACUUGGACUCGCUCUUCAAGACCAAAUGA